CACCGGUGACAGUCAUCGACCAACAUUCGUUAUGCAAGCUUCAUCCUCAUCAGCUGCGGAAAAACAUCGUAGUAGGAACUUCUACGGCCGCACACCACCCAAGCUACCCAAGAGCAGGACGGAAAUCGAGAUUUUAAUUGAGCGCCAUCGUUUUAUACGAGAUGUGAAUGAAGCCGACCUGACUUGGGAAGAUCGACUAGCUAAAAAAACGUAUGAUCAGCUGUUCAAGGACCUUGCUCUAUGCGAUCUUUCACGUUGGAAGGAAGGAAAG